GUGCUGCUGCAGCUGCUGCUGCUGCUGCUGAUGCUGCUGCUGCUGCUGCUGCUGCUGCUGCUGAGGGUAGUGGCUCUCACCUGCUUGGACUGGAGGAUUUGGAGUUGCCCUCUUCCCGACUGUCUAUACGCGCAGUAUCAGCACCACUGAGGGCAGAGGGAGCAGCAGCAGCAGCAGGAGCAGCAGCAGGAGCAGCAGCAGGAGCAGCAGCAGAAGUAAGGACGUUGCGCGGCUCGUCCUCUGACCUAAGCAGCUCAGGAGAAUGGGAGGAGCUGUUCGAUGGGGAUGUUGCCGCAGGUGGUGCUGCUGUUGCUGCUCCUGCUGCAGCCAUUCAGGCAGCAGCGACGGCAGCAGCAGCAGCAGCAGGUGCUGUGACUGCUGCUGCACCAGAUGAAUUUUUACUACGAGACAGCUGCACAUAUGGGGCAGCAAAUGCAGCAGCAGCAACAGCAGCAGGAGAGGUCGAUGUAGGUGAAGUAUUUGAAAAGCCAACAGACACUUCAACGGCUCCUGCAACUCCUUCCCCUGCUGCUGCUGCUACUGCUGCUGCUGCUGCUGCUGGGGAUGGGGCGGCGCAUCUACUGCUGUCUGGCCCUCCACAGAAGACGGCAGGCUCAAAAGAUGUUCGUCCUGCUGCAGCAGUCGAAGCAGCAGCAACUGCUGCAGCUCCUGCUGCACUUGCUGCUUCAGAAGCGAAAAUCCCAGCAACAAUGCGCUGCGAUGAGCCUCCAGCAGCAGCAGCAGCAGCAGCAGGUGACGCCGUUUGUAUAUCAUUGCUGCAUUUUGAAGAGGGUGCAGACAGGGCCGAAGGAAAGGGCAGCAGCAGCAGCAGCAGCACGUUAGCAGAUGCUUCGAGAACAGCAGAGUGGGAGGCAGUUGCAGCAGCAACAGCAGCAGAAGCUGCAGCAAAGGUUGCUGACGCAGCAGAGGCCGUAGCAGCUGCGGCAGAGAGAACAGCACGCGAGACUGAAAGCGUUGCAGCAGCAGCCGCUGCUGCUGCUGCCGCUGCUGAGGAAGCUGCUGCUGCAGCAAGACAAGAGUCUAUGCAUGCGAAGGGCGUGAGGGCGCAGCGAACGCAUGCAACGACCAUAGCGGGAGCUGCUGCUGCUGCUGCUGCUGCAGGCCGCCAAGCAGCACUGCACGCUGCUGCUGCUGCUGCUGCACGGUCUGCGCAAGCAGCAGCAGCUGCUGCUGACGCCGAUGCCACGGCGACAGCAGCAAAGGAGGCAGCUGCAGCGGCGAGCGAAAGGCUCAUCGAGACAGAAGCUGCUGCUGCUGCUGCUGCGACAGCAGCAAAGGAAGCAGCUGCUGCAGAAGUUUACGCGUGUAGCGCUGCUGCUGCAGCACAGAAGGAAGCAGCAGCAGCAGAACGCUCUGCGGCAGCAGCAAGGAACAGAGCAGCCGCUGCAAAGAAACAACAAGCUGCUGCUGAACGUGCAGCGGCUGAUGCGGAAGCUGAAGCAGAAGCAGCAGAAGCAGAAGCUACAGCAUCUGAAGCCGCAGCAGCAGAAGCCGCAGCAGCACAAACUGCAGCAGCAGAAGCCGCAGCAGCAGAAACUGCGGCAGCAGAAACCGCAGCAGCAGAAGCAGCAGCAGCAGAAGCUGCAGCAGCAGAAGCUGCAGCAGAGGAGGCUGCGGCAGCGGAGGCUGCAGCAGUAGAAGCUGCGGCGGCACAAGCUGCAGCAGCAGGAGCCGCAGCAGCCGAAGCCGCAGCAGCAGAAGCUGCAGCAGAGGAGGCUGCGGCAGCGGAGGCUGCAGCAGUAGAAGCUGCGGCGGCACAAGCUGCAGCAGCAGAGGUUGCAGCAGCAGAGGCUUCAGCGGCACAAGCUGCAGCAGCAGAAGCUGCAGCAAGAGCUGCAGCAGCGGAAGCCGCCAAAGCGGAUGCUGCCGCAGCCGAGCUCUCAGCAGCAGGGGAGCUUUCAGCAGCAAUAGCUGCAGCAGCGGAAGCUGCAACAGCAGAUGCUGCUGCAGCCGAGGCCGCAGCAGCAGAGGCUGCGGCAGCAGAAGCAGCAGCAAGAGAAGCCGCAGCAACACAGGAGGCAGCGGUAAAAGCAGCAGCAGCAGAAGCGGCAGCAUCAGACUCCGCAGCAGCAGAAGCGGCGAAGGCAGACGCAGCCGCUGCGGAAGCGGCAGCAGCAGCUGCUGCAGCAGCAGAGGUCGCAAGAGCGAAAGCUGCAGCAGCAGAGGCCGCGGCAGCAGAAGCAGCAGCAACAGCAGCGGCAGCAUCAAAGAAUGCUGGAGGGAAUGCAGUGGGAGUCGCAGCGUCAGAAGCUGCUGCAGCAGAGGCUGAAGCUGCAGCAGCGGCCGAUGCUGCUAAAGCAGCGGCAGCUGCAGCAGCAGCUCUGUCUCGAGCAGCAAAGCCAGCUGCAGCAGAAGCGGCAGCAGCGGCAGGAGCUGCUUCGCCGGCCUCUUCAACUAUUGCAGGAGCAGCAAUACCUGCAGGAGCAGGAGCUGCUCUUGCUACUGCAGCAGAAGCAGCAGCGGCGCCUGCCGAGGCUCGGAGGGCCUUCGCUCCAGAUGCUGCAGAAGCAGCCGCAGCAGCAGCAGCAGCAGCAGCAGCAGCAGGACCAGCGGAGCUCGCAGCCCCGGCAGACGCUGCAGCUCCAACAAGUGCAGCGGGAGCCGAAGCAGCAGCAGCAACAGCAGCAACAGCAGCAACAGCAGCAGCAGGAAAUACGGUGGGGAAGCCCCGAGCAGUUGCAGCAGAAGCAAGUGCGGCUGGUGCAGCAGCAGCUUUGCCAGCAAUCGCAGCAGCACGAAAUGAAUCUGCCGCAGCACAUAACGCUGCUGCUGCUGCUGCUGCUCCUACGGAGAAUGCUAGCGCAGCAACGGCGUCGAAAGAAACCGUUACAGCAGCAGCGUCUGGGAACAUCGCCGAUGCAGCAACGACAGCAGCAGCAGCAGCAGCAGAAAGCGUAGCAAGUGCAGCACCUCCGGAGGGUAGUUUUGAUGGCGCAGCAGCUGCAGCAGCAGGAGCUGAGGCUGCAGAAUGGGCAGCAGAGAGACCUCCCACUGCAAUCACAUCUAGUACGGAACAAAAGCCAGCAGCAGCAGCCGCAGCAGCAGCAGCAGCAGGGGAACAGGAAUGGAGAGAAGUGGGUGCAGCGGUGGAAGCUUCUGCGGACAGGUCAGCAGCAGCAGACGCAGGAGCAGCAGCAGCAGCCGCAGCUGCUGCUGCAGCGCUGGAUGGCAGCAGCAGAGGCUGCAGCAGCAAGAGCAUCAGCAGAAGCAGAUGCCGCAGCAAUGGAGUGGCUGACAGACGCGACCUGCGACGGCUUUAG